UUCAAAUACAAAGAGAACAGACUAGAGAAAUCAGAAAUAAUAAUAGAAUCUAUAUCGGUUUUCAUAAGUGAAUUUGUUUUAACUUGGUAAAUUUUAUAAUGGCUUUGAAUAAAUUUAUGCAUCCCCGUAAUAUUUAUAAAACACCUCCUGAUUUUUCAAAGCUGGCCAAAAAGUACAAGGAGUUCUCUGAUGUAGCAAAAGUGGACAUUACAGGAAAAGUGAGCAUUGACUUUAAAGACCCACAUGCAUUGAGAACUUUAACCAAGUAUUUAUUAAAGUCAGAUUUUAACCUUGAUGUAAAUAUUCCUGAAGAUCGUUUGGUACCUACACUUCCUUUGAGACUCAAUUACAUAUUAUGGAUUGAAGAUUUAUUGACGGCAAUGAAUAAAAAUAGUUCUAUAUUAGGCAUUGAUAUUGGAACUGGAGCAUGUGCUAUAUAUCCAUUAUUGGCUGCUGUGAAAAAUAAAUGGAAUAUGCUUGGAACCGAAAUGGAUGAAGAAAGUCUAGAGAAAGCAAGAGACAAUAUUGAGAGGAAUAACUUACAGCAUCUUAUUGAAUUGAAAAAGAACGUGUCAACAUCUAUAUUUGAAUGUGUAUUUACGGGUAACAAUGACCAAGUUUAUGAUUUUUGUAUGUGCAAUCCACCUUUCUAUACAAACAUACAAGAAUUAUUAGAAUCUCGAAGCCCAGCCAGACCAGAACCGAAAAAUGGCUUUACUGGAUCUUCACAUGAACUAAUAACUGAAGGAGGCGAACUACAAUUUUGUAGAAAAAUUAUAGCAGAAAGCAAAAUUUAUAAAAACAGAAUACUAAUAUUUACAACAAUGGUUGGUCAUAAGUAUAAUUUGAAAGAACUGAUAUUAGACUUAAAAGCAGAAAGCAUUGAGCACACAACAACUGAAUUUUGCCAAGGGCGUGUGACACGAUGGGGUUUAGCUUGGACAUAUAAAGAUUAUCACUUGUCUAAGUUAGUUGUACCGAAGCAUAUAUCUCGAAAAAAGAAUGUACCGUUAAUAAUAAUAUUACCAGACUUACCAGAACCUGAAAAUGAUAUAAAUAGUUGUCUAGAAAAAAUAAAAGUAAUGCUAAUAGAUUUAAAAAUAACUUUUAAAGUUAUUAAUAAAAGAAGAAACGAAAUAAGCCUUAGUAUUAUUGCUUAUAACAAUACCUGGUCUAACCAACGGCGAAAAAGACGACUUUCUAAACAAACAUCGGAAAUCCAACACAAACAACCUAAACAUGAUUUAGAAAUGCACAUAAAUGAAAAACCAAGACCUAUAGACAUUUCAAAUAAACAACAGAUUUCUGCUUCUAAACAUAAAGAAGUUGUAGAAGAAAUAAUUUCUAAUGAAGCAAGUAUACACACGGAUCAACAAGAAAUUAUUGUUCAUGGUAUUAUGAAAAUUUUUAUGAAAGACAAUCACCCAAAUGUGGAAUUGGAAUUUUUAAACGGAAAAGCUGGAAAAGAAGGGUUACAUCAAGUAAUACAGUAUAUAAAAAACAAUUGGAAAUAAAUGUUUAUAAAAACGA